GUUCUUCGAUGUUAAACGUUAACCUGUUAUUUGUAUCUUCUCGAGACGUAAAUUGCUCCUUUCAUACUACACCACGUUCGGUGUACUACGUGUUUUAAGUUCAUUUCACAAAUACGUAUUCACUGCUAAUUUUGUUGGUCUUUUAAAAUUCAUCAAUGUUCAAUUUGAAAGAAUCAGGACGACAGGAAGAUAUCAAUCACUGAUGCGAUAAUAGCACAAUUUAAUUCCAUCGCAUAAAUUAUUUUUUCAUUGAAAAUGGUUUAUAAACGUAAAAAAUAUCAUAGAGGAGAUACACAUUUAAAGAAAAGGUGGCGAACUAAAAGAAGAACAAAAGAUUUAGACGAGAUUAAUGAAGAUUUGAAUGAUAAAAAUGUAGAAAAACUGCUAAAUCAAGAAGUAGACUUGGAUAGACCAGGAGCAGGUCAAUAUUAUUGCAUUCAUUGCGCGAGAUAUUUUAUAAAUGAUACUGCUUUAAAUGACCAUUUUAGAACAAAAGUUCAUAAACGCAGACUGAAAGCUCUUGAAUUAGAACCAUACUCUAUCGAGGAGUCAGAGAGGGCAGCUGGUAAAGGAAAUUAUAUUGCACCACAAAAAAGAAAAAUCGAUACUAUAAGUCGAGACAAUUAUAAUAUGAAUGUUGAAACAGAUACUUCAUCAAAAGCUAAACUAGCAAAGAUGGAUGCAUAGAAAUUAAGAAUUUAUU